AGCGCGUUGACGUUUCGCCCAGAGUGACGAACUGUUUUCUUCAGGAGUGGUUGUUUGUAGAGGAGAGUUUUCAGUGAUUUUUGCUAAAAAGUUAGUGUUUUUCGUGGUUUUUGUAGCUGGAUAUCGUUUCUUCUGUUGUUGCCUGAUAUGUUGGGGGGUAGGAAUCGUAGCGAAGUGAACUUUCUGGGCAGUACACGAUUAUUGUAGUUUAAACAGCAACACGAAAAUGUCCCAUCCAAACCGCUAUAUGCAGCGAAAGUACAUGGCCAGACACCGCCAGCGCAAGCGUGAAGCCCGCUUACAAGAACUGGAAGCUCUCAAGCGGGAACGCGAAGCGUUUCAACCGGAACCUCUCCCACAACAGUUUGAAGUGGCACCACCAGUGCCACAACCGAAAAAGGUGAUGACGAGUACGGAACGUGUCAGAGCGUUUCGGGCGCGAAAAAAGAUGCUGGAAGGGGGAGUGGAGAAGCGUUCUGUUCCCAAAGUUCGCAUGACGAGUACGGAACGUGUGCACAAAUUCCGGAUGCUUAAAAAAUUAAAGCUGAGCCAAUCGGAACCGGAAGUGCAAGUGCAGUUUGUACCUAAUGAACGGGUAGCCGUGGCUGGUGAUCCUCUCGUGACUAUUAAGGAGGAACCGAUGCUGGGCGAAUGUGCAUACUCAGUUUCGGAAUGUGUGAACUCUGACCCGCUCCUGGUUCCCCUAAAGUAUGAUCCGUGCGUCGAGUCUGAUGCUUGUCGAGUGGACCCCAUGGAUCCCGGUGUGAGCACUUCUGCCGUGCCAACGAUCAAGCAGGAACCCGACCCGGAACUCAGCACGCCCGCCCUGGAUGGCUUCUUUGGGCCAACUGCCCUGUGGGAAUCGCUGCAGAACGUGCCCGAUCCGGUGACGGAACCGGACCAGGAGGGAGCGCCACGCGGCCGCAAAAAUCCGACCGUUACGCUAGAAUCGAUCAAGAAGGAGCUCACCUACGAGUGUGAGCUGUGCGGGAAGCGCUUCCGCAAGAGUGCGGACUUUUUCCAGCACAAGCUGACGCACGGGGAGGAGCUGAAGUGCGCCGAUUGUGACGAGCGGUUUUUCAGGACGUGGGAUUUGGAGAAACACCGGGUUGAGAAGCACAGCGAUUCGGAAAUAUACAAAUGUGACAUCUGCUCGAAAACUUUUAUCGAACAUUGGCGUUUGCUGCGACAUCAACGCACGCACUCUACCGAGAAGAAGUUCAAGUGUGAUAUGUGCGAUAAAUCUUUCACGGAAAGUGGAAAUUUGGCAAAGCACAAGAAGCAAGUUCAUACCAAGGAUCGUCCAUUUGCCUGUGAAAUUUGCUCCAAAAGCUAUCCUCAGAAAAAGGAUCUUCAAGGCCACAUGCUGGUGCACACGAUGAAGCGCUUCGCCUGUACCAUUUGCCAGGAAGAGUUCUCACUGCUGCACGAAAAACGGAAACACAUGCGCGAGCUUCAUCCCAACGAAACGGUGGAAAAAUCCUUUACCUGCACGGUUUGCGAGGCCACGUUCAACUCCAAGCUGAAGCACUCGAGCCACGUGCUGACGCACGGCGAGCGCCGGUUCGAGUGUCAGUUUUGCAUGAAAAAAUUUCACACCAACGCCCGCGUCCGGAAGCACAUGAAGUCGCACCGGGUGGAGCUCUAUUCGAAGUGUCACAUUUGCGACAAAUGCUUCUCCCAGGACUGCAACCUCAAGCGGCACAUCGAGCAGAUGCACAUGCAGGGCGAUCGGUUCUCCUGUCUCCACUGCACCUCCCUGUUCGAUUCUGCCGACGAGCUGCGCGGCCACCGCGAAUCGGAACACCAAAACGAGCACCCUUACAAGUGUCCCUGCUGUCCGAAGGCGUUCGCCUUCCACCAGAGCCUGGUCAACCACGCCAAGUGCCACAACAACCCGAAGCGCCACCUGCAGGAGUUUAUCAAACCUACGCCGAGGAAGCGAAAGCAGCAGCAGCCCAAGGAAGCUAGCGAUGGCGACGGAACGAAGGUUGUGGCCAAGAAACGUGGUCGGCCAAAGAAGCUCGUGGAAACGAUGCCAGAGCCAGAAUUUGUUGAUUUGAUGGAAACGGUGAUGCUCAGGGAAACUGAACCAAUUGAGGUCGAGUACGACGCUGGUGAGCAGCAGCAGGUUCAGCUUGAUGACUCAGAACUGGUUAGUGAGAUUAAAGUUGAGAGUACCAGUUUUGAGGAAACGGAAGCUACUGAAGAAUGUUUGUGAAGAAAGGGCGAAGCAUUCGCAAAAUUUGUUUAUUUUGAAUAAUUUUUUGUUUUUAUUUACAGUAAAAUAACUUAAAAUUCAAGGUCUGAAAAAGGUGUAACAAAAGCUUCAUCUGAAAACUAGUUAAGCUUAUCGUAUGCAUUAAAAAUAAAACUUUCCAAUGUUACAAAACCAA